UCUUUUAUUCUUGAUUUUUUGUUUCUCUCUUGCUUCUUUCUUUCGAUCUGGGCGCUCUCUCUCUCUCUCUCAAAAGAAAAAAGAAGGAGCUCACCGGUGAUGGAAACAGUAACUGGCAUAGAAGAUAGAGAAUGGGCGAGCUCAGUGCUGUGGGUUAGCAGAGCGUCUGUCGAAGAAAAAAGAAGACGACGAAAAAGAGGCUCCGAAUCUGUUUCCGGCAAGUAGCAAAGAUGGAGAACAAUAAAUUAGAGGUGGCGGUGGCCGUUGAUGCAGCUGCAAGGAGAAAGAAUAGUGGCACGGUGAGCGGUGUUACUUCCAUCAGAGAAGAAGGAGCAGUUGGCAACAAGUUGACGACUUCAGUCAAAAGAAUGGAGAGCUCCGAGAUCCUGUCGUCGGUGGUGUGGCAGAGGAACAACUUCCCUGACAAAGCUCAAGGUGUGAAAUUUGCUGGCAAGGUGCUCCGGCUGAAGCUGCGACGGGCCAAAACGAAAUUGCUUAAGAGAGAUGUGUUAUUCUCUAUUCUCUAUGACUUGGUGUUUCGGUCUGAUAAUCACUUAGUACACAAUUAUUAG